CAAAACACAGUGUACGUACGGUCUUUAUACUUUCCAUCCAAUCACAAAAGUGUCAGAAGAUAACAAAGAACCAUGUCUACUACGCCUCCAAAGAUGCUAUCUACGUAUACAUAUCCCAGAGAGAGAAAAAAAACUUUCCAUUUAUAGAAACUCAACUCUUAAGCGUUUGAGCUUUGCGUCUUGUUCCUGUCGUGUGUAUAAUGUAUAUGGCUCUUCUUGAAUUGCAUGUCACGUGAAGCAUCCAUUAUCUCAUUUGCCCAACAUUUUUGCCCGAAACCCUAAUUAGUAAUUACUCAAAAGACAAUAUCUGAUCCAUUAAAGAAGAUCUGAUCUAUUUACAUGUUUGUUUUCUUUCUGGAGAUUCCCCAUAUAUAUAUAGAAUCGUGUUAUAUAUAAAUAUGAAGUGCCUGAAACCGCCUUAUUGGAUCAAACCUUAACCCACAACACUUACAGUUCUAGUUUCUUGUUUCGCAAGAAAACCCUAGUUAUUUUUAUGGAGGUUGUUUACGAUGAAAUCACGAGCUCUCUCAACGUUCAGAUCUUCGACUUUUGUGAUCCGCUGUUACAGGAACCGUUUCAGACAUCUGAAGUGACAUCUCCUUCGAACUGUGAUAAUUCAGUUCUGUUUUCGAACAGCAACAAUAAGGAAGACGACAACAUCAACAACAAUUAUCCAGAGAAAUCAGGAAGUUUCAAUGGAAACGAAGUCUCGAACGCCAAUACAGCUUCUACAACAACCGAGAACAACAACGUUAAUGGCGAAGACAAUAACGGGGAUCUUUCGAUAAUUUUCGAUCCACAGGAAGAUUUCGACAACGACAUCUCGGCCUCCAUAGAUUUCUCCUCAUCUCUGCAGUUUCCUGUGUCUGAACAACUCCUCGGGACAACAUGCCAAGACCAGUUCGAUUUCUCAGCUCCAAACAUUAUCUACUCUUCUUCUGGAGAUCCUUUGUCUCUGACAACAGCUUCUUCCGUGGCGCCACCGCCACUACAGUCGUCGGUUUUCGAGGAAGAUUGCUUAUCUUCUGUCCCAAGUUACAAUAUCGGACUCAACCCUUCAUCCCCAUCUCGCUCCUUCUACGGCACGCCUUGUCUGUCUGCGUAUAUGGUCAUGUCUGGAAACCUGAACCCUAGUUUAUCCUCGGAAAGUUCUGGACUUUUCGCAGGUAAUAUUCAUCUGGGUUGUCCUGAUCUCAAGCCUCAUGAUCCAUUGAUGGAUUAUCCAGCUGCUGACAAUGGUGGGAUUUUCUACCACGAUUCGAUCAAACCCAUCUUCAAUCCUGGAGAUCUUCAGGUUCUCGGUAGCGUAGAGAACAAGGCACCGCCAUCGGCAGAGAUAAGCUGUCUGGAUGAAGCGACGUCGAGUAAGGUCGGGAGACUCUCCGCCGAGCAGAGGAAAGAGAAGAUCCAUAGGUACAUGAAGAAGAGGAACGAGAGGAACUUCAGCAAGAAAAUCAAGUAUGCUUGUCGGAAGACAUUGGCAGAUAGCCGACCAAGAGUUAGGGGAAGAUUCGCCAAGAAUGAUGAAUUAGGGGAACUCCAUAGACAAGCCUCUUCAAGCCAUCAUGAUGACGAUGACGAAGAUGAUGAUAUGGGAGUGAAGGAAGAGGAACAGAUGGUGGAUUCUUCCGACAUAUUCUCACACAUAAGUGGUGUGAACUCCUUCAAGUGCAACUUCCCAAUCCAAUCUUGGAUUUAACAACUCACCAGCAUAGAUUCUUAUAUACUUGCAAUUACAAAUAUUAAAAAAAUAUUAUUCCAUAGAGUUAUAUUUCUAUUUAUUUAGUACAAUUUUGGCCUUGACCCACAUUCCGUUUAUAUGCAUAUAUAUGUAUAUAUAUGAUGAGAAUGAUGUUUUGUAUUUAAUGAGUGUUGUAUUAUUAUCACUUGAAACAUUA